GCGCCUCCUCACGCGCGACGGCAGAGCCAUGCAACACAGCUGCAGGGGAUGCAUCAGCGUGCAAAGGGGAUCGGAUGCAUCAGCGCGCAAAGGUUUAGCCUGUCCCGCGCGCGCGAGGGGCACUAACACCGAGGCGACCGGCUUGACAACGUUUAGGGGUAUAACGCAUAAUUAGUUCCCAGGUUUCCAAAAUGCUCCUGUAAAAACAACGACCAUGUAAGUUUACGUCUGUCCUUUUCCUCGGAGUGAUUGCAGACGUUUUCUGGUGGCCGCGACGCGAGGGACAUGACUCGGCUUCACCUCGCGGCGGUCUUAACACUUGCUGUCUUCGGCUCCGUGGUUCUUCGCGCGAGCGGUGGCAGUGCAGUGAACGCACGGGAUGGAGUUGACAUCAGCAGAGAGGAAUGCCCAGAUAAUAACAUCGUAACAGUGGAGUAUGCCUGUACCAGAGCUGGAGGCCAGGCCGGCACAUGUCUCAGGAGGAAAUGCUGUAAAGGAUUCAGGUUGGUGAUGGGACAGUGCAUACCAGAAAGUGUAGAUGUGUGUGCUGGCUCUCCCUGCGAACAGCAGUGUACAGAUAACUUUGGCCGGGUGGUAUGCACCUGUUACCAUGGCUACCGCUUCGAUCGGGAGAGACACCGCCAGCACCUGCACCCAUAUUGCUUAGAUGUGGAUGAAUGUGAGGAGUCGAAUGGCACGGUGUGCGAGCAUGCCUGUGAAAACACACCUGGCAGUUUCCGCUGCCUUUGCAGUACUGGAUACACACUGACUCCAGACCAGCGCUCCUGUGUACCUGCACACAACCUCUCUCUCUCAGGCUCUGCAGGUCAGUCUGAAACUGCUGGUUCCUGCUCUCUCACCUGCCAGGACAUCAUGGACAUGAGAACCAGCCUUCAACAGCUCAAACUCCGGCUCGGACUCGGCCACUCACCUGGACAGGUGCUGCCCCCUGGCUUGGACAACAGCAGUGAAAAACCACUUCCUGGUAGGGUGGGUAAAAGUUCCGAUAGCCACAACCCCCUGGGUCCCCCAGGGGCACCUGGACCCCCAGGCCUGCCUGGACAUCCAGGGCCUUCAGGACAGAAGGGGGAGCCAGGAGCCAGGGGCCAGCCAGGCACCCAGGGCCCCCGCGGGAACAUGGGCCCUAUAGGCCCCCAGCCAGACCUGGAGCACAUCAAGCGGGGACGCAGAGGCCCUGUGGGACCACCGGGAGCACCUGGAAAAGAUGGCUUUAAGGGAGACAGAGGUCCUCCUGGACCCAGGGGCCCCCCAGGACCCCCUGGUUCGUUUGACUUCCUGUUACUAAUGAUGGCGGACAUCCGUCAGGACAUCACCGAGCUGCAAGAGAAGGUUUUUGGUAAAAGGCAGGACCUGUCCCUGGACACACCCCCACACUCCUCAGAGGAGCCAGAGCGUGACGGCUGGGGCUCAGGACAAGUCGACAUGUAAUGUGUGACUACUCUGGAGGUGUGUCACAUGACCUGUCAGUCAACAGCAAAGGGGGGGGCGCCCAUCAACUAUUGAGGUCCUGAAAACUGAACUUUGUCCUGAUAAAAAGUUUGGACCUGAUAUGAUAACGAAAAUCUGGACUUGAAAUCAAGCCAUCGAAACAUAAAAGGGAGGCAAGAUCUGGUCUGUGGACGAACUGUAGAUGGCGCUAGAGAGGAUGACGGAGAGAAAGUAAGAAGGCAGAAAAAUGACUGUUAAUCUCAAACCACUGUAAACAUUUCCUGUUCCUUUGUAACAUAUGUGUCACAUGAACUGUGUGCAUUCAUGUAUGUGCGUUAUGUAUAUAUGCGUUUUUAAAGUGACAGGAGAGUGACAUGUUGGCUUUGGAGUAAAGAGGCUUCUCAGAGCUCACUUGGCAGGGUAUGAGGCUACAACAGUAUGCGUGUGUGUGUGUGUGUGUGUGUGUGUGUGUGUGUGUGUGUGUGUGUGUGUGUGUGUGUGUGUGCGCGUGUGCUUGCACUUUGUGUAGCAUGGGCCAUCCCAUAGUAAUUUGUCCAUAAUAAGUAUGGCUGUUUUAUUGUGAGUUCAGAACAUCUGCUGAACCUUGCAUAAUGUUGACCUAUCAUGGUGCAUCAAAAAGUUAGUGGCCAUAAAAGAUUCAUCCUUAAACUACACCCAUAGCAGCACUAUCUUCCUCAUUUGGUAGAGAAGGUUCUAGCAACACCAAAGUCAUGGGUUGUUUAGUCUCAGUGGCACUGUAUAGAGUAAUAUGAGCCAAGCUCAUGUAGAAAUACUGUUAAAUCAGUGAACAGUAACAAUGAUCUUCACCUUUACAUGUCUGUGUUUCAUGUUUUCUG